GGCCUCUGUUUGCGCCGGGUCCGCGCUGCCCGCCGUGCUCCUGGCGCUCCACGCUGCCGCUGCUCCGGGCAAUGAUUAACCCGGAGGGCCGGCCGGCGCCGGGCCCGGGGCGGAGGCGUGGAGCCGGGGCGGGCCCCCGGAGGGCCGCUCGGCUUCCUGCUGUCUCCCAAGUUUCCUCGUAGUGAGCGCAGCGCCGGCCGGGGCCCGCGGCGCGGCUGGGCGCGUGGCGCAGGGCGCGGCGUCCGACGCGCGUGGGCGCGGCGCGGGCCGCCGGGGUCACCAUGAGGACUCUCCGCAGGUUGAAGUUCAUGAGUUCGCCCAGCCUCAGUGACCUGGGCAAGAGAGAGCCGGCCGCCGCCUCCGCGGACGAGCGGGGCACGCAGCAGCGCCGGGCCUGUGCCAACGCCACCUGGAACAGCAUCCACAACGGGGUGAUCGCCGUCUUCCAGCGCAAGGGGCUGCCCGACCAGGAGCUCUUCAGCCUCAACGAAGGCGUCCGGCAGCUGCUGAAGACAGAGCUGGGGUCCUUCUUCACGGAGUACCUGCAGAACCAGCUGCUGACCAAAGGGAUGGUGAUCCUGAGGGACAAGAUCCGCUUCUAUGAGGAGCUGCAGAGAGAUGAGGAGGAGGCAGCCAUUCUGGGCACAGUGAGAAGACCCUCCGUGGAGCCCACAGCCAGCCAGGGCCCAGCACUGAGCAUGAAUCACCCCUUCUACGAUGUGGCCAGACAUGGCAUCCUGCAGGUGGCAGGGGAGGACCACUUUGGGAGACGCAUCGUCACGUUCAGCUGCUGCCGGAUGCCCCCUUCCCACGAGCUGAACCACAGGCGCCUGCUGGAGUACUUGAAGUACACGCUGGACCAGUACGUGGAGAGCGAUUACACCAUUGUCUACUUCCACUACGGGCUGAACAGCCAGAACAAGCCGGCCCUGCGCUGGCUGCAGAACGCUUACAAGGAGUUCGACAGGAAGUACAAGAAGAACUUGAAGGCUCUCUAUGUCGUACACCCCACCAACUUCAUCAAAGUGCUGUGGAACGUCCUCAAACCCCUUAUCAGCCACAAGUUUGGGAAGAAAGUCACCUAUCUCAACUGCCUGAGUGACCUCCGGGAGCACGUCAAGUGUGACCAGCUGGCCAUCCCCCCGGAAGUCGUGCGGUACGACCAGAAGCUCCGGGACCUGCGCAAGGGCAGGUCGCUCCCUCCCGCCAAGACGCCGCCGCCGCGGCCCCCUCUGCCCACCCAGCAGUUCGGUGUCAGUCUGCAGUACCUCAAAGAUAAAAAUCAAGGCGAACUCAUCCCCCCGGUGCUGAGGUUCACAGUGACGUACCUGAGAGAGAAAGGACUGCGCACCGAGGGCCUGUUCCGGAGAUCCGCCAGCGUCCAGACGGUCCGCGAGGUGCAGCGGCUCUACAAUCAAGGGAAGGCCGUGAACUUUGACGACUAUGGAGACGUCCACGUCCCCGCUGUGGUCCUGAAGACCUUCCUGCGAGAGCUGCCCCAGCCGCUGCUGACCUUCAAGGCCUAUGAGCAGAUCCUUGGCAUCACCAGCGUGGAGAGCAGCCUGCGGGUGACCCGCUGCCGCCAGAUCCUGCAGAGCCUUCCGGAACACAACCUCGCCGUCCUCAGCUACCUCAUGGGCUUCCUGCACGAGGUGUCCCGGGAGAGCCUUUGUAACAAAAUGAACAGCUCCAACCUGGCCUGUGUCUUCGGGCUGAACUUGAUCUGGCCGUCCCAGGGGGUGUCCUCCCUGGGCGCCCUGGUGCCCCUGAACCUGUUCACCGAACUGCUGAUCGAAUACUACGGAAAGAUCUUCAGCGCCCAGGACGCCCACGGGGAGCGGGGGGCCGGCCCGGCGGGGGCAGGAGAGCAGGGCGGCCCCUUCGCCAGAGGCCUCGCCGCGCCCGCCGAGCCUCGGUCCCCUGGCAGCCGCCGGGAGACUCCCCUGGUGCUGGAAAUGUCACGCUGA